AUGAGUCUGACAAACCCGCCUUCCUCCUCCGGUUCGAUCCCAGCCCGAGCCAAGACUGUCGGCCAGAAUCUUAAACGGAGUCUCCAGGCCACCGUUGAUGAGUCCGCCGAAUCCCGCAGGCCCGGGGGGUAUACAAGCAAAGUUCGAGUGCGUGACCGAUAUCAUAUCGUCGGGUUCAUCAGCAGUGGUACCUAUGGCCGGGUGUACAAGGCGAUCGGCAAAAAUGGCCAGAAGGGGGAGUUUGCGAUCAAGAAAUUCAAGCCGGACAAGGAGGGCGAAUCGAUCCAGUAUACCGGUCUCUCCCAAUCGGCUAUCCGUGAGAUGGCUCUCUGUACCGAGCUUUCGCACGCCAAUGUUGUCCAGCUGGAAGAGAUUAUCCUAGAGGACAAAUGCAUCUUUAUGGUCUUCGAGUAUACGGAGCACGAUUUACUCCAGAUCAUCCAUCAUCACACACAACCCCAGCGGCACGCGAUCCCUGCCACAAUGGUCCGGUCAAUUCUCUUCCAGCUGCUGAAUGGCUUGUUGUAUCUUCACACCAACUGGGUCUUGCAUCGUGACCUCAAGCCGGCCAACAUCUUAGUUACGUCCAGCGGAGCCAUUCGAAUCGGCGAUCUGGGCCUGGCCCGUCUAUUCUACAAACCCCUCAAUUCUCUAUUCUCUGGAGACAAGGUGGUUGUCACGAUAUGGUACCGGGCUCCAGAGCUUCUCCUGGGUAGUCGACACUACACCCCGGCCGUUGACAUGUGGGCAGUAGGGUGCAUCUUUGCUGAGCUCCUAUCCUUGCGUCCGAUAUUCAAAGGAGAGGAAGCCAAGAUGGACAGCAAAAAGACUGUUCCCUUCCAGCGCAACCAGAUGAUGAAGAUCGUUGAGAUUCUCGGCCUCCCUCGCAAGGAAACGUGGCCGGGUCUCGUUGCUAUGCCCGAAUAUACCCAACUGCAGUCAUUAGUACUGCAUCGACAGCCCUCUCAUUUCCACCGCGGCCCAAAUCUGGAGGGCUGGUACCAGAGCUGUCUGAAAAAUGGAGGGUACUCUGCCACGUCAAAGACGGGGACUCCAGGCGCAGACGGCUUUGAUCUACUUUCACGCAUGCUCGAGUACGACCCUACGAAGCGAAUCACGGCUCAGGAAGCUCUGGAGCACCCUUACUUCGCGAAUGGAGGUCCUAUCAGCGGGGAUUGUUUCAAUGGCAUCGAGCACAAGUACCCACAUCGUCGUGUCACGCAGGAUGAUAAUGAUAUACGUACCGGUAGUCUGCCUGGUACCAAGCGUAGCGGUUUGCCCGAUGACUCUCUUUUGAGAGCCACGAAGCGUCUCAAGGAGUGA